CGACGAUUUUCUUGAGUUGUUCAUGAUCUAGACGUGCGAUAGCUAUAGGUUGUAGCCUCAAAUUGGCUUCAUACGUAAGGUAAAUUACGUUACGCAUAAAUUGUUGCUAGAUGUAACCUGCGUUUCCAGCGUCCGCCGACGUUUUGAGUUUCGCACGAGAUCGAAAACAUGUGUUUAGCAUUGGACUGCUGCGGUGCCUGAGAAAAAAUGGCGGACAAAUCGCAACCUCAAGGCGCUCAAGGGCAGCCGCUCGUCAAAAUAGGACACUACAUCCUGGGAGAAACGCUCGGUGUCGGCACGUUCGGCAAGGUGAAAACGGCAUGUCACCAGCUGACUGGUCACAAGGUGGCUGUGAAAAUUCUGAACCGGCAGAAGAUAAAGAAUCUCGAUGUCGUCGGAAAAAUCAGACGUGAAAUACAAAACCUCAAGCUCUUUAGGCACCCACACAUCAUCAAGUUGUAUCAGGUUAUCAGUACCCCUACUGACAUCUUCAUGAUCAUGGAGUAUGUGUCUGGAGGAGAACUUUUCGAUUACAUUGUUAAACAUGGAAAGCUCAAAGAGUCGGAAGCACGUCGCUUCUUUCAACAAAUAAUCUCAGGUGUGGCAUAUUGUCAUCGUCACAUGGUAGUGCAUCGAGACUUGAAACCUGAAAACCUUCUCCUCGACCAAAAUCUGAAUGUCAAGAUUGCAGAUUUUGGGCUCUCCAACAUGAUGAUGGAUGGUGAAUUUCUCAGAACGAGCUGUGGAUCCCCCAAUUAUGCGGCACCCGAAGUUAUUUCUGGAAAGCUUUAUGCUGGCCCAGAAGUUGACAUCUGGAGUUGUGGUGUCAUACUGUAUGCUCUUCUUUGUGGAACGCUUCCAUUUGAUGAUGAGCACGUCCCAACAUUGUUCCGCAAAAUCAAAUCUGGCAUCUUCCCUAUCCCGGACUAUCUCAACAAGUCGGUUGUCAACCUGCUUGUCCAUUGCCUGCAAGUGGACCCUAUGAAGCGAGCCACCAUGGAGGAUAUCAAGAAUCACGAGUGGUUCAAGAAGGAGUUGCCUGCAUAUCUGUUCCCACUACCCAAUGACAAUGAUGCUUCGAUAAUUGACAUGGAUGCUGUGAAAGUUGUUUGUGAGAAGUUUGGCGUGCUAGAAAAGGAACUGCACAGUGCGCUGCUGAGCGGUAACCCGCACGAUCAGUUGGCCAUUGCCUACAACCUGGUGGUGGACAACAAGCGCAUUGAGGACGAGACGGCCAAGCUGGAGAUCAAGGACUUCUACCUGGCUUCCAGCCCACCGCCCACGGCAGCCCUGCUUGACCAAAGCCCACAGAGGCCACAUCCAGAGCGCUUGGGGAGUCGGCAAAGGAUGCUCAGCGGAGGCAACGGAGCGGAUCGCAAGGGCACCCCCAUGAAGAGGGCAAAGUGGCAUCUGGGCAUUCGAUCACAGAGCAAGCCCCACGACAUCAUGAACGAAGUCUACCGGGCCAUGAAGGCACUAGAUUUUGAGUGGAAGGUGGUUAACCCAUUUCAUGUUCGUGUUCGCCGAAAAAAUCCCACCAAGAGUCGCCCGGUAAAGAUGAGCCUGCAGCUAUAUCAGGUGGAGUACAAGAGCUUUCUCCUGGACUUCAAAUCACUUCCCGCCAAUGAAGAGGCUGCACCACAGGACCCAAGUGUUGCCGAGACAAGCUACAACCAGAUCCACAACACUAUGGAAUUCUUCGAAAUGUGUGCCGCACUCAUCACGCAGCUGGCCCGCUGAGCACACACUACGACAGUGUAUAGUGCCCCCCAUGACUGCCUGGUUCACGUUAAAUGUUGCCUGCCCAUGUCAGGCUGUCUAGAUUGGGCUAGUGUGCCGUUUGUGCCAGUGGUGCUGGUGACUAUCUGUCAAUGUAAAAGAUGCUACCAACAUUCGUACCAAGUCUUUCUGUGGUGCUAAUGUUUAUCUUAACAUGCUCCAAUUGUAGGAAGCAGUUUUGAGUGCCAUGAAGCACGACACUUGCUUGCCCCUUUUAAGUAUGCCAAAUGUGUCCAAGUAUUGCGAGCUGACGUUCAGUUGGAACAGCAAGGUAAAAUAAAGAAGCUUAGAGUGUACUUGUUAAGCCCUGGUAUAUGCUCUCGUAUACUUUGUCUUUUUUUACAGUAGUACGAGUAGUAUAAAAGCUGAAUAAUGCAUAAUGAUGCACACAGAAGCCGCAGGAUCAAAGGCUACUUGUUGCUGUUGCGCCAGGCUUCAGCCAGUACGACUCACUCACACAGUCUGCUUACACCUUCUGCACAUUUCUUUUGACUUCAGCAUCAACCCACUCAGCUUUGAUAGAGGCAAGGAAGCCUUAAGCAGCACACUAGCCAAAUCUAGUCAGAGUCCAAUCCUUCGUGGCAAACUGCUUAUGUAAGUGUUUGUCGAAAGUUUCGAAGCCACUGGUGUGCAUGACCACACAUCUGCUGUCAAUUCGUGUGUUGUGGCCCUUGUCGCAUUUUGCUCUAAAGCCCACUCAAUUUAGAGGCACUGUGCUCCUCAUUCACAGCACAUCUCUUAUGCAAGUUGAUUUUCUGGCAUCUUGACUGCUGCAUCGCUUUGGCCUUGACGACUAUUAAGAUUGAGCAGUUCAUUCACCAAUCACAAAGUGCACUCGCAUGAGAGAAGUUUUGUCGUGUGUGGGCCUUUAUGUUUAAAACACCAAGGAUGUUACAAUAGCUUUGAAACAGUAGCUUGUUGCUUUGAAACUUUUGGCAAAGACUGUACCUGACCAUGCCAUGUUGUACAGAGAGAAAGAAUGGAUGUAGAAUGUGUUAGCUUUGGUUAUAGUUAUCAUUUUGCCAAGGUCUACUAAGCGAAAAUAAGCCAUUUAUAUACUGGCAGCGCAAGUAUUUACGGCACUGCCAUAUUGUGAUUUAAUGUUAAUCCUCAAAUGUUGCAGGCUGUGCUUGUCACUGCUGGAUAUGCUUACGUGCGAGCAUUUUGCUAUGGGUGCUAAGAAUGAAGUUUGCACAAACGUAGAGAACCUUGACACAUCCAUGCAGCCUUGCAUUAAUUACAUACGUAGCCACUUGUGAGGAUGUGCUCGUUAAGACUUUGAAGCCCACUUUCUGUGUUGGCAUGCUUUGUUAAUAUAGUCACUUGUGUUUCUUUAUAGCUGGUUGUCUUUUCCAGUACUUUAACUCUCCUUGAUUUACUGUGCAAAUGGCACUGUGGUUUGCCCCAUUCUGUUACAGCAAGGUGACCAGCUUACAUUUGGUGAUCUGCAGCUAACUAUAGCUUUCUGUUCUUUUAUGAAGCUCUGCAUUUUGUUAUUGUCUGUACUUGAUAGUGUAAGGGACGCCCAAUUUUUGGACAACCCAGUUUCACUGUGUGUGAAUAUGUGGAGCAGGUCCGACAAGGUCCAUGAAAAAAGUGUAAAAGUAGUGUUCACGUGAAAAAGUCUUUAAGGACUACAUCCCACUUGGGGGCUGCUCACGAUUAUGGAAAGAGCUACCCCCUCUCAACCUGCAUAUUCUGCGCACCCACAGUAUUAAGCAGCAACCAUAAGAAAUGUAUUUGUGACAUAGCUACAACAUGAUGUCACGUCAGUGUCACACUGUGCACCAACUGCUGUUGUAUCAAGGGCAAAGGCAUGCAACAGUGCAUGCAAGAAAUGUGACAUGUGCUUUGCAUUACUGUGACAAAAUUGAAACAACAACAGAACAUCGUUUGUGUGCUCACAUUGUAGAGAGGAAAAAAAUUCAUGUGACUGCUUGUAGUCUGAAAAAAAGGUUUCCUAGGUUGAUUCACAACAGCCUGCUCAUAUUGCUUGUAGGUGCAACUACCCUUCAAACAUCUAGCAUGUGAAUGUUAAACAUUCUUUUUCAUAGUUGUUUGUUGGAAAUAAUGAAGCUUUAUGUAAAAAAAAAAAAUGCUGCUAGAUCUUUGUACACCUGGGUCACGGUACAGGGGAAUUUGUUGUUUUUCUUCUUAGUCUAAGGCGAGUUGUCCUGUACAUAUUAUAAAUAUAUAGACGAAUAUGCAUAUAUGUCAAUACAAGAAUGAUACCAACA